CAGGGGACGGAUACACAGCAGCUGGACGCAGGGGGACACUCGAGCCUCUUCACUCUUCAUCUCCCUCAUGCUCCUCUGCGCGUCUCUCCUUCUCGUGGUUCCUCCGCAUGUCUCGUCGGGGGCAAAGUGGACUUUUUACUGGACCCGUCUGUCCCUCCCGUCGUCAGGUUGAUCUGGAACACACCGAGGCUCAAAAUGAACGAAGGACCCGAGGCCAACUCGACUCGCCUCUACGACAACUGGACCUUUGACAACAACUCCGUGGAGUCGGUCGUCCACAGGAAAAACAACAUCACCUACGUUGGAUUCUACCUGCACCAGCCGUCCAUCGCAGCCAUCUUCAUCGUGUCCUACCUGCUCAUCUUCCUCGUGUGCAUGGUGGGGAAUGGAGUGGUGUGCUUCAUCGUGCUGAGGAGCAGGAACAUGAGGACUGUCACCAACCUGUUCAUCCUGAACCUGGCUGUGAGUGACCUGCUGGUGGGGAUCUUCUGCAUGCCCACCACUCUGCUGGACAACAUCAUCACAGGAUGGCCCUUCGGAAGCCUGGUCUGCAAGAUGAGUGGCAUGGUUCAGGGGAUCUCCGUGUCGGCCUCUGUCUUCACCCUGGUGGCCAUCGCUGUGGACAGGUUCAGAUGCAUCGUCUACCCGUUCAAGCAGAAGCUGACCAUCCCCACAGCCACCUUGAUCAUAGUGGUCAUCUGGGUUCUGGCCGUGUCCAUCAUGUGUCCCUCUGGGGUGAUGCUCCAAGUGACCAGGGAGCAGACCAUCCGGGUGCUGCUGGGCUACGACAACAAGACCAGUCCCUUCUACUGGUGCAGGGAGAACUGGCCCAACCAGGAGAUGAGGAAGAUCUACACCACCGUCCUGUUUGCAAACAUCUACCUGGCUCCUCUCUCGCUCAUCGUGAUCAUGUACGCCCGGAUCGGCAUCACGCUUUUCAAAUCGGCGGUGACCUCGGAGGGGAAGCCGCCGGGGCACAGCAACCGCCACACCGUGUCCAAGAAGAAGCAGCGGGUGAUUAAAAUGCUUCUGAUCGUGGCCCUGCUCUUCAUCCUCUCCUGGCUGCCCCUGUGGACCCUCAUGAUGCUGAGCGACUACGCCAGCCUGACCGAGCAGCAGUACAGGAUCAUCAACAUCUACGUCUACCCCUUCGCCCACUGGCUGGCCUUCUUCAACAGCAGCGUCAACCCCAUCAUCUACGGCUUCUUCAACGAGAACUUCCGCAGCGGGUUCCGAGCGGUGUUCAAGUUCAGCCUGUGCACGGCGGACGGGCAGCUGAGGAAGACCUACUCCCACCGGCUGCAGGGGAACUCCGUGCUCCCGGCCAACAACGCUCAAUCCUCCCUGGAGCCUAUUUCACUCAACAGCCUGGACAAGAGCACCUCGAGGCGGCUCAACAACAUCAACGAGCAGGACCUGGUCAUGGAGGAUCUGGAGAAGGCGUCUUGCAGCAGUGGGGGGGGUGACCGCUGUGUCCAUUUGAGCAGACAUAGUGUGUCUCUUAUGAGGUGAGAAGCAAAGUCCCCUGAGUGGACGGUGACUGCAGGUCUCCACUCAGAAGGUUUUUAGAAACACACGUUUACAUGUGGCUUGUGCAAGGCUAUUUUAAUACUGAGAGGAAGAACACGACAAUUAGACAAUUAACACAACAGGGUGACUUCAGUGUUUGUCCCUGAAAGACAGACACAACAUUUAUAUCUGAAAGGAAACUCUGUAGUGAGGACGGGUGGACACUGCGUUGAUAAGCUACUGUCGGGCUCUUUGAAAACAAUAAUGAAAACUGUUUGUAUAAAUGUAUAAAGAUGCAUCACACACACACGUGAGACGUUCACAGAGCAGAUUUCACAAGUAAAGUAACUCCUCUAAUAUCUUCUAUAGAUUCAUUUCCUUGUAUAUUCGCACAAUUGAUGGAACAAAAAAAAGAAGAAGAUCAUAUUUUUAAACGAGGCUAAAAGUCAAAAGGGCUCAAACAUCAAAAUCACAGCAAGAAAAAACUUAAGAGAUAAAACUUUAGUUGGAUUUUGAACCAAUCAGGUCUUUUCAUCUUUGUUGUUCUCCCUGAUUCCAGAGCAGCAGCCUCCGAGCACAAUGGAGCCUGAUUAUUUCCUCUUCAUCACUUUAGAGUGACCCUGGGUUCAUGUUUGCUGCUCUGUGGUUAACGAGGGGGACUCAUUUGUUUUGAUGAUCAGUGAAUAGGGAGGAGAGAGGAGCCGUUAACGUCACAUUUGUGAUGCCGCUUGAAGAAAUGAGAGUUAUUAGAAGUUAUGAGUUCUACAGCCACGUCAGACUCGUCCACACCUGUGACCAUGUGUGUGUGUUUUCUAUCCAUGGUGCAGCAAGGUGACGAUAACAAGUAAGACACAGCUCAGACUGGUUCCACUGGGAUUCAACCAGUAUCAGUCCUCUGAACUUCAAAUGCAAAAAACAUCCCUUAUUACAAUGUUUGAGAAUUUGUUAAUCCUAAAUCCAAACGACCAUUAAACGACUCAAAUCCUUUGAGUAGUUUCUACGUACUCUAAAUUACAAAACCACGAAAACAUUAGAUUUAAUUAUAAAACUGUUUAACCCUUUAAAACUGCAGGUACUUGAUAAUAGAACACACACAGUCUCUAUCAGCUGAGGAACCACAGGGGGUUCUCACUCGACGGGUCAAUUCUGCUGUGACACUUCUCAUUAGGAUGUUUUUGUCUUUUUUAAUCAGGCCUCAGAGACGCGGACAGGAGACAGUGAUUGAAUGUGAUUCUUUUUAUCCAGGCUUUUAUUCUGAAAUCUGCCCUGUAAACCCGCACAGAGGAAAGUGUAACGAUGCAGGAGGGAACUCUGUCUCCUGGUGAAGAUCUCAUGAAGCCUGCUGUGAAUGUGCAUCGUGCAUCUCAGAUGAACUGUUUCUGUUCUCCUGUGUUUAUCUGGUGCAGUUCACUGGGGCUGACCCAGGGUCUGCGUAUCGUCUGCUGUAAAUAUGUUACCACUGAGUCUCAAGCUUAGAUUACAAGUGAUGAUGUGAAUCUUUGUGUCUGUGUAACUAUUUGGUGAAUUCUGCCUUCUGUUCCGAGGAGUUUUACAAACUUUAAGUCUCGGCUGUUGGUGGAGUCUUAGUUUUUAUUUGUUUUUUUUUUGUGUGUCGAAAAGACGCAAGAAAAAAGAAACGUGUGCGACUUUAUCUGCUAAACCACAACGUUGGUACCUGGACAGAUGGAAGUGGUGCAGCAUCUGGAAACCUCUGGAUCUGAAUUAGUGUUUGAUUCAUAUUUAGGUUGUGAUGGUUAGGAAGAGGCCUUAUA